AUGAACCAUUUUGCCCCCAGCCAUCCAAAAACGGCUCUGGCCCAACUGUUAGCGCCGGGAGAGUCCUGUGUCUGGAUCUUGCACACCGGCGCCACGUGGUUGUGGGCUGGCGCCAGUCCUAUUCAGCUUUGCCCAGAGAUGCACUUGGAAUCAUCCUCGUCUGUCAUGCAGCCGUACUUUGCCAAUCAAAGCUGUGACCCCUUUACGUCGCCGUCGACUCCCUGUGAGUUGGGCAACUAUGUGAGCUACGCUGUCAACGUUUCCGGCGCCGCCGAUAUCCAGGCCACCGUGAACUUUGCCAGGACGAAUAAGGUCCGUCUUGUCGUGCGUAACAGGGGUCAUGAGACGCUCAACAGGAGCUGGCGCGCUGACCAUAUGGACCCCACCAUCUCAACAGCAUCGACUUCAUCCCCCUGGUCCGAUAGCUACUUCACCGGCACAGCCAUGAAGAUCGGUGCCGGUGUCAUGGGCUACCAAGCCGCCGAAGCCGCCGAUGCUGCCGGCGUGGUGGCUGUGACAGGCGAGUGCCCCACCGUCGGCCUCGCCGGCUUCACCAUGGGCGCCGGACACUCCUCGCUCAGCUCCAGCUUCGGCCUCGGCGCCGACCAGGUGCUGUCUUACGACGUGGUGACGACCGACGGGCGCCUCGUGACCGCGUCGCCCACCGAAAACAGCGACCUCUACUGGGCCCUUUCGGGCGGCGGACCCGGCACCUACGCCGUCGUCGUCAGCAUGACAGUCAAGACCCAUCCUCAAGCCCUAAUCGGCGGCGCCAGCCUGCAACUCUCCGCUGCCUACACCACCCAAGCCAAGUUUGACGAGGCCCUCACCGCCCUCCACGCGCUCCUCCCCAACAUGACCGACCAAGGCGCCCACAUCAUCUACACGGCCACCAACCAACUCCUCCAACUCAACCCCGUCACCAUCUACAACAGCACGGGCGAGCACAUCCGCGACACGGUGCUCGCCCCCUUCCUCACCACCCUCACCACCCUCGGCAUCCCUUUCGCCACCAAAUACACCACCCUCCCCUUCCUCGCCCACUACGACACGUACAUGGGGCCCCUCCCCAACGGCAACCUGGCCGUAUCCGCCUACCAAUUUGGCUCGCGCCUCAUCCCGCGCACCAUCCUCCAAACCCCCAGCACCAACACCGCGCUUCAACUAACCCUCCAAAACCUCACCGCGCAAGGCCUCAUCCUCGCCGGCAGCGCCGCCUCCUACGCCACCCCCCCCAACACCCCGCCCAACGCCGUCCUCCCCGCCUGGCGCACCACCGCCGUCCAGCUGCAGCUCAUCACGCGGUGGGACUCGGCGCCGGAGGCCUGGCCGCGCAUGCUGGCGGACCAGGAGUGGAUUACGAACGAGGUGGUGCCGCAGGUGGAGGCCGUCACGCCGGGCGGGGGGACGUACGUGAAUGAGGCGGAUUUUCGGCAGCCGCGGUGGAGGGAGGAUUUUUUUGGGGGGAAUUGGGAGAGGUUGAGCGGGGUGAAGAAGAAGUGGGAUGCGGGGGGGGUGUUGUAUGCGUUGAGGAGGGGAGACAAUGAGGGGAGGAGGGUGGGGGGAAAUGGAGGAUCGCGUUAA